AAAAACGUAAACAUGUAAAGUUUGGUUUCAUGAGCUGAAAGAAAAGAUCCCAGAAGUUUUCCCUAAGCACAAAAAGCUUAUUUCUCAAAUUUUUUGCACAAAUUUGUUCACAUUGCUGUUAAUGAGCAUUUCUCCUUUGCCCAAAUAAUCCAUCCACCUGACAGGUGUGGCAUAUCAAGAAGUUGAUUAAACAGCAUGAUCAUUACACAGCUGGGUACAAUAAAAGGCGACACUAAAAUGUAUAGUUUUGUCACACAACGCAAUGCCACAGAUGUCUCAAGUUGUGAGGGCGCGUGCAAUUGGCAUGCUUACUGUAGGAGUGUCCACCAGAGCUCUUGCCAGAGAACUGAAUGUUAUUUGCGCUACCAUUUAUCAUGCUGAAAUAAGUGGAGUAUUUUUCUCUACGGUCACUUAGUAGCCUAGGCCUACUUCUGCCCCAAAAACUUGUCUUUUAAUCAAUCUAUGUGAUUUUUGUUUCAUGGAAUCUCCAUCUGUAGGCUAUAUUUGAUUAGUUCUGAUGCUGGGCAAAUAAGUUGGUGGUCAAUUCGUUUGCACAUCUAUCACUGAUUUAGAAACAUUUAGCAUGCAAUGUAAAUCAAGUGUAGGCCUAUUAUUGAGCUCACGUAUAGGAAACGUCAAAAGCCUGCAGAGGUUGUGAAAUAUGAACACAAGAUGCGAAUGCUUUUGAAAAUAUAUGUUGCUAUUACUUUCUAUGGGUCUCAUGAUGAAGAUACUCUACUCCUGCUUCUUAACGAAGCAGAGUUACGGUAGGAAAAGAGUUGAGACGUGGAUCAAAAAAGCAUGGGCUUGCCAUGGGCUCUGUUUCAAAAUAUCACUUUUUUUUAGGAUGUCGGUUGGCAUGAAGGAAGUUGUGGGAAAAAUAUAAUUUUUUAUCCUUUUUAUAUAUUCUUAGCCUACUAUAAAAUGUGUAUGUGAUCAGGGUAGGCUAAGUGUGUCUUGUCUUUUUAAUGGACAAAUUUACUAUUUAUUUCAUGUGCAUGGUGCAGCCAUAUAAACUCAAUAUGCCAUUCUAUUUUCCAUUCUUUUGAAAAUAAUUCAAAAUAAAUGAUAUUAGUCUUAUGUUUCUUAGGACCUGCUUAAAAUGAAUGAAUAAUGGAUUUCUUUGAGAUGGUGUAUAUUCCAUGGAUUUAUUAACAUAGACGCCCACAUCAGCACACACCUACUCUGACUCCUACACUUUCCUGCAUGUGCACGGGAGAUAGAAAAGGCUUAUCCUGGCAAUGUGGUAAAAAUGGGACCCCCAAAUAUAAAAUGUAUAUCCUAUAGUAUAAAAAAAUGGAUUGUGUAACUCCAUGAUGUUACUUAGAUGAUUUGUAUAUGAAGUGCGAAAAUGCUAAUAUACAGUGCCUUCAGGAAGUAUUCUGACCCCUUGACUUUUCCCACAUUUUGUUAUGUUACAGCCUUAAAUGAAACAAUUCCCUCAGCAAUCUACACACACUAACCCAUAAUGACGAAGCAAAAACCGGUUUGUGGCUUUUGACAAUUCCUUUUGUAUUCCUCAUGUCUUACACAUUGUUAGAAAAAGUUUUGUCCAAAUCAGAUAUUAAUUGGAAUCCUAUAAAUGUAAAAAAUGUAUUCAACCAAGUCUGAGAUGGUGGGUGUCAUGGCUUGCUGAAAUGACAUUGAACCACUCCACAGCUAGAAGUGCUCUUUAGGUCUUCAUUUAAAAAAAAAAAAUUUAUAAAAAAAUUAAAUGUAACCCUUAUUUUACCAGGUAAGUUGCCCUGAGAACACACUCUCAUUUACAGCAAUGACCUGGAGAAUAGUUAGAGGAGAGGGAUGAAUGAGCCAAUUGGAAGUUGGGGAUGAUUAGGCGGCAAUGACUGUAUGAGGCCCAGAUUGUCAAUUUAGCCAGGACACCCCUAGUCUUACGAUAAGUGCCAUCUCUUCCAGGGAACAGUGUGUUGUUGGAAAGGUGUCUUCAGGUUUCUCCCCUAGUUGUUUUUCUCCUCUCAGCCCACAAUAAGCGGUGUCUGGGCUGGGCCACUCCAAGUUUCUAGGCCCAUGGGAGAGGCUUGGCAUAGUUCUGAGAGACAGAGUUUAGUUUAUUAUGAUCCCCAUUAGCUACUGCACAUGCAGCAGCUACUCACCCUGGGGUCCACAUAAAACGUACAGAACAGUUAUAGACAAAGUAAGAUAUUACAUUACAUUCAGAAAUCAAAUAAGCGUUAUGUAUUUGUAAGACGAGACAACGGGAAAAAAAUACUACUUACACACUUCCUAUUCUUAUUUCCAGUACAGUUAAAUUAAAUCUUUAGAAAGAGGAGAGGCGGUGUGGUACAAUUUUUGUAUGUUUUAAUUUUUUUUGAGCUAAACUAGCUUUUUGGCUGUUUGUAAAUGGUACAACAUGAGAAAACGGGAGCAGGAGAUUCCAGCUGUGUAUUGACUGGUCGUGUUUUAUAUUGAAAGUAACUUUAUUUUUUUGCCUCAAUGGAGUGAUAAGGGGCGUGCUAAUGUAGUUUUCCUGCACAAAAAAUACAUUAGUGCAACACAUUCAGUAGAAAAUAACUUAAUUUUCAUCAGAUGACAACAGAAGUGCAACGCUAUUUGGCUGGCAGCCACACAAGUAAAUGAGCUUACACUGCAAAUGUAGCACUGUGCGCUGAGAGUCGGGAAGCAAGUUCAGGGAGUGAAUGUUUUAAUAAAAGGAACAUAAUACAAAAGAAACACUAACAGCACACAGACAUGAAACCCGAACAAAGACUCCUGGGGAAGGAACCAAAGGGAGUGACAUAUAUAGGGAAGGUAAUCGGCGAAGUGAUGGAGUCCAGGUGAGUCUUACGACGCGCAGGUGCGCAUAACGAUAGUGACAGGUGUGCGCCAGAACGAGCAGCCUGGUGACCCAGAGGCUGGAGAGGGAGCACACGUGACAGCAAAAAGGAUGCGUGGCCAAUGUAUUUCUAAUGUUUGCCAUGGAAGGAAUGUAGCCAGCUACAUUUUUAUUAAUGUUUUGCUUGAAGUUAAUUGUGCAUUUUUACCAGAGAAAAGUAGCUCCACAUCAGUCAGAGCACUGUCUGCUGAUAGAAUGCCAAUUGGUGAAUUCUCAUCUGAGUAUAGAAGUGCAACUGAAGCAAAAGGCAGUGGCCGAGCAGAAAUUACAGUAAGAAGUAUUUAAAUCUGUUUAAAAAAUGCAGACAUUUAUUACGCAUUCUUAUUUUUCUGUGUGAAAAACGCAGAAUUCUGUGUUAACACGAACCCUAAGUGUAAUUUGCUAGUUAUCUAAGUGGCUGAAUUAAUAAGGAGACGGGGCAUCGUAUAGUGUUAGCAUUUUUGUUUUCUUUAAAAAAUAUAUAAAAAAUUGUGGUACUUUUACCCCUUUUUCUCCCUAAUUUCGUGAUCUCUAAUUGGUAGUGGUACAAGGAAAUCCCGGCCUGCCAAACCCUCCCCUAACCUGGACGACGCUUGGCCAAUUGUGUGCCGACUCAUGGAUCUCCCGAUCAUGGCCGGCUGUGAAACAGGCUGGGAUCAAACCCAGGGCUUUAGUGACGCCUCAAGCACUACGAUGCAGUGCCUUAGACCGCUGCGCCACAGAGGGGGCAGUGUUCUCUUUCUGCCGUGUUUGAGAAGUCAAAGCCCUUUGGACUUCAGCCAUGGCCACGGCAGGCACAGGACCAGGCGCAGGACCAGGCACAGCAGAGCCAAAUCGGCCAGGCCCCCAGAGGAAGAUGUCCACCACAGGGGAAAGCCUGUACAAGGUGCUAGGCCUGGAGAAAGGAGCUUCCGCUGAUGACAUCAAGAGAGCUUACAGGAAAUUAGCAUUGAAGUACCACCCAGACAAGAACCCAGACAACCCGGAGGCUGCAGAUAAGUUUAAAGAGAUCAACAACGCCAACUCCAUCCUGAACGAUGACGGCAAGAGGAGGAUCUACGAAGAGUACGGCUCCAUGGGUCUCUACGUGUCCGAGCAGUUUGGAGAGGAGAGCGUCAAAUACUACUUCCUCAUGUCCAAGUGGUGGUUUAAGACCAUGGCCGUGUGCUGCACCGUCUUCUCCUGCUGCUGUUGCUGCUGCUGUUGCUGUUUCUGCUGCGGGAAGUGCAAGCCGCCGGAGGAGGAUGAUCACUACCAGUAUGUGGACCCAGAGGACCUGGAGGCCCAGAUCAAAGCAGAGACGGACGGAGGUGACACGGUAAUCAUUGUCCAGCCCAUACCUGUAGCUGUACCUAUAGCUGUAUCGAGCCCUGUGGCUGAGAGCAUCAGCCUAGGCCCUGCCAUCAGCCUAGGCCCUGCCAUCAGCCUAGGCCCUGCCAUCAGCCUAGGCCCUGCCAUCAGCCUAGGCCCUGCCAGUCCAGUAGGUGACAACCCGACCAGUCCAGUGGCUGCUGAGAACCCAGGCGGAACGCUGCCGGAGUCUAAAUGACUCGUCCGCGUGCCCCUAUCGUGAUCCAGCCGCAUUCCAUCACCGUUGAGGUUCCAGAGACCUCCCAGCCUGCAGCCGGCCAGCCCACCUCC